CAGAUUCAGCCAUUUCACUUCCAGAUGCAGUGGUUUGCUGGAUCUGUAAGUACGGCAAUACAAGUGUCGCGCAAGAACAAUGCGCUGUUCAUCGUUUUCAUCGAGAGUAAAAAUGCAAAAGGAGAAAAGAUGCGUGAACUCUGGGAUAAGAUUGAACCCACAUUGUUCGACUGUGCCUUCGUUGGAAUUCAUCUGAUGGAAGGCGAUGAAGCAGCUAAGCAGUUUGCUCAAAUAUAUCCAACACCAGUUCUACCAGCAUCGUAUAUCAUCGAUAAUCUCGGGAAACCUAUCGAAGUCAUAACUUUGCUCAAAGAUCUUGACUACGACGAGUUCUAUUCCAAACUCGACCGUGCAGCCAAGGCCUUCACAGCAGGUAAAAAAGCUGGUUCAUCUAGCCGUAGUGCAGCGCACAGUUCGGGUGACAUACAGCAAGCAGAUCAGCCAUCAACGUCGAAGCAGAGUAGCUCAUCAAAUACCAGUGCGCUUUCACUUGAAGAAAAAGUGGAGAGAGCGAAGAGACUGCUGGAGGAGAAAAAGAAGGCAGAAGAGGAAGCUGCGAAAUUGCGUGAGAAGGAACGUGAGCUCGAAAGGAUCAAUGAGGGAAAGCUGGCACAGGAAGCGCUGAAGAAACGGGAGGAGCAGGCCAUCAUCGAUGCUGCAGCCCAGCGGCGCCGUGAUAAAAUUGAAGCCGAAAAGGAACGUCAAAGGCUGAUAGCGCAGAUCAAGGCUGAUAGAGAAGAACGCGAGUACCGAGAAAGGCUUGCGAGACAUGCAGAUACUGCAUCAGCUGGCGACAUGCCAGCUCAACCACCGCCACCUCCCAAGAUGGAGCCCAUCCCUAGUGACAGAUGUCGUGUGCAAGUCCGCCUUCCCGAUGGCGACAACAUUGUAGAAGAGUUCUCUUCUAGUGAUUGUCUGAAUGCCCUUAUGGAGCUCAUCAGACAGGAUGGACGUGUCAGAGGCGCGUUUUCUUUAGCACAAGUCUAUCCUAGAAAAGUCUUUACUGAAGAAGAGUUGCAAAAGUCAUAUCUGGAGUUGUGUCUCACCCCGUCAUGUACACUCCUCGUCAUUCAGAAGCAUCCGAAGACAUCCAACAUCAUUGCCGCUAGUCCAUUUGGAGGUGUAUUCUCCUUGAUAUCUAUGUUAUUGAUCGCUCCGCUGCAAUAUAUCUAUGGGGUGGUUGCAGGAUGGUUUGGAUGGGGUUCAGGCUCCGGUUCGUCAUCAUCAUCAAAUCAAACGCGCCAAGAACCCAAAAGGCAAAGAGAACAUCAUGAUGGUGCGACUGUUCGUAGGCGAGGCAAUGUGACCAGACUUCACAAUACUAACGAUGAUUCGGAAGAUGACAAUGCGAAUUGGAAUGGGAACUCGACUCAAUUUUUGUAAGAGAUAAGCGGUUAGCUCUUCGUUGUAUACUUCCCGAACACCGCUUUUUCUUGCCUCCAAAGCAUGUUGAAUAUGAUUUCACACUGUUAAAUAUUCUUAUUUUUACUCCAAUAGUCACUGAUGUUGUCUGAUCAAACCUGUUUUGAAGUCUGUUGGGUGAUUGUUUCAUGGUGAGAAAGAGCAGUUGCUCCCAUACAAGUCGAGCACAAUAUCCAAGCCAGUUUAACAUCUGUGUUAUGGUGGAGUAACCUAGUCUGGUCAUCUCUCCCACCACUUUCAUUUUUUACCUGUAUGUAUUCCUUAUUACCUACUCAGCAAAUCAUCAAACCUUUUCAGUAUGUUUUGAGAUGUACUCCUGUGAAUCUUUGUCGCAGGGUUCGAGGUCAUUUUUGCAUGUCAAAAUGGGUACGUGUAGUUGUGAUAGAAACAUCUUUGGGUUGUAAACUAUUGCUGUUCAAGCUUGUGUUGAGUAGAAACCUAAUAAAUGAUUAUUUACAUCGAAG